UCCUUUGAAACUUUUCCUCUUCCUUCUCGUUCUCUUUCCCCCAAAUUUCCCCAAAUCCAUCACCCUCUCCAAAUCCCUAGUUUUCUCUUUCUCUCCUUUUUCUCUUUCGAUCUCUUCCCAAUUCGCUCCGAGAGGCCCCGAUUCGGAUCCCUCGGAGCAAACCCUACUUCAUCGAUCCAGAUCUUUCCCUCGUCCCCCUUCAAUUUCUUUGAUUUUUUUUUUUUCUUCUCUUUUUCGAAACCUUAGCUUCGUCGGAUCUCAUCCAUGGGUGUUACCAGGGCUUGCCGCGGUGGGGCGUGGCAUACUUCGUCAUCGGCCUCCCCUUCUAUCUCCUUGUCGCCGGCGAAGCCCCCGGCGGAGACCGCGUCGACGUCGCUGACCGAGACGGUGAAUGGCUCGCACCAGUUCAAGAUCACCGGGUACUCGUUGUCGAAGGGGACGGGGGUUGGGAAGUACAUGGCUUCUGAUACUUUCACGGUGGGUGGGUAUUCUUGGGCGAUAUACUUUUAUCCGGAUGGGAAGAGCGCAGAGGAUAACGCGGCAUAUGUGAGCCUGUUCAUUGCGUUGGCCAGCGAUGGGAGUGAUGUGAGGGCGCUGUUUGAGUUGGCGUUGCUGGAUCAGAGCGGGAAGGAGAGGCACAAGGUGCACACGCAUUUUGGGAGGAAUUUGGAGGGAGGCCCCUAUACGCUCAAGUACCGCGGUAGCAUGUGGGGUUAUAAGCGGUUUUUCAAAAGAACUGCUUUAGAAGCAUCAGAUUAUCUUAAAGAUGAUUGCCUCUCAGUGAAAUGUACUGUUGGUGUUGUCAAAUCGCAUACAGAAGGACCUAAGAUUUUUAACAUAUCAGUACCGCUAUCUAAUAUCGCGGAGCAUUUUGGGAAGCUCUUGGAAACUGGAGAUGGAGCUGAUGUAAGUUUUGAGGUUGAUGGGGAGACUUUUCAUGCCCACAAAUUGGUACUUGCAGCCCGAUCACCUGUUUUUAGGGCCCAACUUUUUGGUCCAAUGAAGGAUCGCAACAUGCAGUGCAUAAAAGUGGAAGAUAUGGAAGCUCCUGUUUUCAAGGCUUUACUCCAUUUCAUAUACUGGGAUCACCUACCUGACAUGGAAGAGCUUACUGGCCUGAAUGCAAAAUGGGCUUCUACUUUAAUGGCACAACAUUUGCUUGCUGCGGCUGAUCGAUAUGCAUUGGAGCGUCUUAGGCUAUUAUGCGAGGUGAAGCUUUGUGAGGAUGUUGCCAUUAACACAGUAGCAACCACUUUAGCUUUGGCGGAGCAGCACCACUGUAACCAGCUGAAGAGUGUUUGCCUCAAAUUUGUUGCAUUGCCUGAAAAUCUAAGAGCUGUGAUGCAAACAGAAGGUUUUGAAUACCUGAAGAUCAGUUGCCCCUCGAUCAUACACGAACUCUUGCAGUAUGUAGCCAGGGUGAGAGAACACUCAGCCAUUUGUUGCAGCCACACCAACGAAGGCCUAGACGGGAGUGACGCCAAUGGUAGACGUGUCAAACCACGGAUAUAACAAUAUCAAAAAUCUAAUCAUGGAUUUGUUUGGAUUAAUCUUUGAAAUUUCUUCUAUAUGUAAAGUUAGUGUUCUUGUUUUGGGCUUCCACCUGUUGUCUAAUAUCAAGGCCUCUGUUUCCUCCAUGAUAGUUGUUGAUUUCGUGAGAACCAUCGUCGGUGACUAUUCUGUACGUUUUCUGUUAUUCUUUUCAGUUUCUAGGACAGGCGAAAAUGUCUUGGAUCUUCUGCUAUCUCGUGCUUACCUCUGCCAUCUUUUUUC